AAUCAGGCGCUCUUAUAAAUAAUAGCGGAAUUCAUAUUUGCCGCUUCACCUUUGGAAAAUUUCCAUACUUUCUAGUUUCUCCAACACUCUCUUUCAUCUGAAAGCUUUCAUUACAAGCUUUUUGUGUCUGCAAACCUUCAACAAAUCCCUCGCUUUUUUUCUCCCCUUAUUUAUUGUUUUUACAAUCUUCUUCUUCAUUUCUCUCUUUUACUUACAUAAAUUUGCGACAAAAAUGAGUUAUGAUUCAAAUCGUUCGGGAAAUUCCAAGAGAAGUUUCAAUUCGCAUUCAUCAAAUAACACUAACAACAAAAGCAGUAACAAGAAGAAGAAGACGAAUCAGAAAACCCUAGGUGUAGCUUGGGGAGCUAAUUCUCUCUCCUCUUCUCGCUCUUCUUUUCGCAGUGCCCCAUUUUCUGAUUUUGGCAGUUAUAUGGCUGUGAAGAACAAAAAGCUUCAUGAUCAGUUUGAAGCAGAAGCUUCAAAUUCUUCUUAUAAUGGUUCUGAUUCUGCUAAACCCAUAUUUCAGGGUGUGUCUAUUUUUGUUGAUGGUUUUACCAUUCCUUCUAACCAGGAGCUCCGGGCAUACAUGUUGAAGCAUGGUGGACGCUUUGAGAAUUACUUUUCGAGGCAUCGUGUCACUCAUAUAAUUUGCAGUAACCUACCGGAUAGUAAAAUCAAGAAUUUCAGGUCUUUCAGCGCUGGACUACCUGUGGUGAAACCCACCUGGGUGGUAGAUUGUGUGGCAGCUGGCAAAGUGUUGAGCUGGGUUCCAUACCAACUUGAUCAGCUGGCCAAUGAAGCAAGUAAUCAGCCAAAGUUGUCUGCUUUCUUUGCUAUGAAACAUGACCCUGUCAGUCAAGGCUUCGCAUCUGAUUUAACCAGUAUAUUGAUAGCAGAAGCAGAAGGUUCAGAAGUCAGGGAUAGCGUGUUUCUUGAUCAUGCCUCUUCCGACUUGGAUGAAUUGUCAGAAUGUCCUAGGCAAAGUGGCAAGGGAUGUAAGCAAAUGAAUACAGAGAAUACUGUGGAACAAACUUUUAGAGAUGAAGAAUUCUUCCAACUAACCAAUCAUGAUAUUGAGGGAUGUGACUAUUUCUCGAAAAAGUCCGGAGAACUUGGGAAAUCAGUCACCUCUAAAGAAGAAGUUGAGCUUAGUCCUCUUAGACCUUCAGCUUCUUCUGAUACUCAUGAAUCAUGUAAAAGCUCUACCAGAGAAUCAUCUGGUUUACAUGUUUCAGAACCUUCCAGUCAUCGUCAUUCAACCAUUGAGGACCCAAAUUUUGUUGAAAACUAUUUUAAGAAUUCAAGGUUGCACUUCAUAGGAACUUGGAGGAAUCGGUAUCGUAAACAAUUUGCCUGCCUUACCAACAAAAUCAAACAUACAACCUCUGAAGUUGAUGCCACCUCUACUUCCCAGAAAGCUACUAUCAUCCAUAUGGACAUGGACUGUUUUUUUGUAGCUGUUGUUAUCCGGAACCGUCCAGAUUUGAUGGACAAGCCUGUAGCAGUGUGCCAUUCUGAUAGUCCUAGAGGAACUGCUGAAAUUUCUUCCGCCAACUAUCCUGCUCGAGAUUAUGGGGUGAAAGCUGGAAUGUUUGUCAGAGAUGCAAAGGCUCGUUGUCCCCAUCUCGUAAUUGUACCUUACAAUUUUGAAGCUUAUGAGGAGGUUGCUGACCAAUUUUACAACAUCUUGCAUAAACACUGCGAUAAAGUGCAGGCAGUAAGUUGUGAUGAAGCAUUCCUGGAUAUCACUGGUUCAGAUGUGACAGAUCCUGAGAUUUUAGUUUCAGAAAUAAGAAAAGAAAUCCUGGAAAGCACAGGUUGCACAGCUAGUGCAGGGAUUGGUGCCAAUAUGCUUAUGGCUCGUCUUGCCACUAGAAAUGCCAAACCAGAUGGUCAAUGCUACAUUCCUCCAGAGAAGGUGGAUGAGUUCCUGCUAGAUCUCCCUAUAAAGACACUUCCAGGUAUUGGAUAUGUUUUGGAGCAGAAGCUGAAAAAGAAAGGAGUUCAGACCUGUGGCCAGCUACAAAUGUUUUCCAAGGAGGCUUUACAAAGGGACUUUGGAACAAAAACUGGUGAAAUGUUGUGGAAUUACUGCAGAGGUGUUGAUAACCGGCUAGUUGGAGUCAUUCAGGAAAGCAAGUCAGUUGGUGCUGAAGUAAACUGGGGUGUGCGCUUCAAGGAUAUAAGAGAUAGCGAACACUUUCUUUCGAGCCUGUGCAAGGAGGUUUCUUUACGCUUGCAGGGGUGUGGUUUACAAGGGCGUACUUUUACACUAAAGAUUAAGAAGCGUAGAAAAGAUGCAAAGGAGCCUGCAAAAUACAUGGGGUGUGGAGAUUGUGAAAAUCUCAGUCACUCUAUGACAGUUCCUGUUGCUACUGAUGAUGUGGACAUUCUUCAAAGGAUAACAAUGCGGUUAUAUGGAUCAUUUCACAUAGAUGUCAAAGAUAUUCGAGGAAUCGGGUUGCAGGUGACUAAGCUGGAGAGUGAUGAUAAUAUGAAGCAAGGGCAUGAGAGAAAUUCUUUGAGGUUGUGGCUUGCAUCUGGCUCAACAAGUUCCAGUAAACAGUGUCACUUGCGUGAUACAGGUCAAUCCUACCUUGAGUGUGUUGGACCUUCAGUGAUGAGGCCAAUUCCGUCGUGCCAUGAGACUCGCUCAAACUCACCACUGCCAUCACUGGAUGAUCUUGAUCUGGGUGUUAUUGAGAGCCUCCCUCCCGAGUUGUUUUCAGAGAUUAAUGAUAUUUAUGGAGGGAAAUUGACUGAUCUCAUCUCCAAAAGGAAAGUCAAAACCUCUUUUCAGAAUGUCUGUGCUAUGUCUGUGAAGGAAACUAAAGGUAAAUCCCUUUAUGGACGGGAAGCUCAAUGUUCGGGUGGCAACCAUAUGAAAGAGAAGGACAAGGCUGGUGGUUCCACGAAUCAGGAAAUGGAGGCAUUGCCUGCUUUUGGUGCAGCAACUGCAAUUAUCCCCAAUUCUGUUGUAGAGUCAGCAAGUGUCGACUUAAUGCCUUCAUCAUUAAGCCAAGUGGAUAUGUCUAUACUACAACAAUUGCCGGAGGAACUGAGAGCAGAUGUAGUUGGGGCACUUCCCGCGCAUCGGAGGUCAGAUUGUUUGCCUGAGCUUCCCAACAUAUCUGGGGAAGUGCAGGGAAUGAGGCCUGCUGAGGAGAGUCCUGGAUUCAUGGAAUGCACUAAAGAUACUAACUUUUGGGUUGGAAAUCCUCCUUGUUGGGUUCAUAAGUUCAGAGUUAGCAAUUGUUUAAUGUUGAAUAUUGUCGCUGAGAUGUUUCUUCGGUCAAGGUCCACUGGGUUGUUGUCCUCAAUUCUACAUUGUUGUCUCUCGGGUUUCCAGAUAUUUAAUGAUAUCACUGCUGAUGUAGCCAAUGAAGCUUUUUAUAGCUUAUGUGAGCUUUUAAGGCAGUAUAUUCAGUUGAAGUUGGAGGCAGAUAUUGAGGAAAUCUAUGUUUGUUUUCGUCUCCUAAAAAGGUUGACAUUGAAAUCGAAGGCCUUUGAACAUGUAUAUGAUGCUGUAUUGCCUUUUCUUCAGGCUUCUACUAGUGAAAGCUAUGGGGGGCACUUGCAUCUACCUGCAGUGUAGUAAAAUGUUUCUGGAUAUAUCUUCCAUACGUUGAUCCAUCUUGUUUGGCUUUCCAUGUCAGGAACUACUCUGAUGCAGAAACUGUUACGCAUCAUACUCUCAGAGUAUUUUGCUUCUUUUCGUCCAGUCUAAUGGAGGACUGUGAUUGAAAGAUAUGUUGAUGUCAACAUGUUGUUAUGAGAUGGUGGUGGCAGUCUGUCCAUGUUCCUCAGAAUUACAAGCUAUUCAACUUCCGUGAAGACAUUAUUGCCUCUUGAAUCUUUGUGAUCUUUCUCCACAUUGGAACAUAAGAGGAGAGAAUUGGAAGAUUGAUGAUAUAAGAAGCCUGGACUAUAUGACUAAGCGACAAGCCGGCAACUAGACACCCCAGCGCCAAUUGCAUGUCUGCAUGUUUUACUCAGUGCUACGCUUGCUAUCUCAAAGUUAAAUUGCGAGGCGUAAUAUUGAUUAACCUUGUGUUGAGAUUUGAAUCUUCGGCAGUUCUUUUCUUCUUAUGAUCUACUCUUACAGCCUUACAGAGUUACAGGUGAUGGCAGGGAUGCAGUCUCCUCACUAGUGAAAAUACUCUUUAUAACCUUUUUAUCGGGAGAGGAUGAGCUUCCCGCGUACACCAUCCACCGUGACCAUACAAUGUUAGAGAUUUCUGAGUGCGACAUGUGGAUACAACAUAGAAGUAGCAUUGGCAUUGACUGGAUCUUGGUGCUGGCUAAGAUCAUAGAUAUGAGUCGGACACAUAGAAAGAUAGUAGUUGAGAUUUCCAAUGCACAACAAAUUCAAGGACUUGGUGCCAGAUUGAUCAGAGACUUGUUCAAAUUCAGAAAAUUGACUAAAUUCAAAUUCUUUAUUCAAUUCAAACUCGCGAGCUGGUGCUUUUCCUUGACCGUCCAUUGCAUAAAUUUUGCUAGUUUGCCUGUAUGGACUUGUGGAGAUGCUUAGGUCACACCUUAGAUUGUAUAAAAUGUUUAGGUCACAUUUACACCGUUACACGGUAUGAGCUCUCCUUCAGGACGGUUGAUAUAAAUUUAAUUUAUUUGUUAACAA